UCUCUGGCUGCUGGGGGGUGAUUGAAACUGCCAGAAAAAAGAAUUCGACACCUCAGAAAGACAAGUUUGGGCCCCUCAACCCAUUGGGGAAAACAGAGCAAGAAACAGCUCCGCGCUGGGCUUGAGUGGAGGGAUUUGAGGAUGUUUUCGCCUCCUGUUCUUUCUGUGGGUCCAGCGGAGUAGGGAAGGGGCUUCGUCUUAGAGCUGAAGAAACCGAGCUCAGAGAUAUUACACAUGCAUCUAUGUACGUAGGGUUUGAAACGCGCUCCUCGGACUCCAGAACAAGGGCUCUUUGGAAUUGUGCCUCAUUUCCCUCCCACCCCUCUGAAGGCUGAACGUGGCUGGUGGGAGCCACCCUGUAGCCAGAAUAGCUUCAUUAACCCAAUGGAGGUGUUUGGGCCUGCUUGCCCCUUCCUGAACGGCCCCAGAUUGUAGGGUCGUGGCCUAACCCCGUGCGUCGGAGGUGUGUGUUGGCCGAGACCAUGAACUAUUAGUUUUUCCUGGUGUUUUUUGCGUCUCUCGGGAGCAGAGGGCCCAGAAGCCAUGUCGGAGUUACUGCUCCUGGGCCUGAUUGCGGCCCUGCUGCUGACCCUGCUGCUGACCCUGUUGGGUUUUGCCGUGUACUCUGGGCUUCUGGAAGACGUCGUGGUGAGCGCGGGCUCUCCCCCGAUCCGGAACAUCACCCUGGCCUACAAGUUCCACGUGGGUCCCUACAAGGAGUCGGGCCGCUUGUUCACGGAGAGCUGCAGCAUCUCUCCCCGUCUUAGUUCCAUUGGGGUCUACUAUGACAACCCCCACACGGUCCCUGCAGAGAAGUGCCGCUAUGCCGUGGGCAGCAUCCUGAGCGAGGGCGAAGAGUCACCAUCCCCCGAGCUCAUCCGCCUUUACCAGAAGUUUGGGUUCAAGAUCUUCUCCUUCCCAGCCCCCAGCCAUGUCGUGACCGCCGUCUUCCCCUACACCACCGCGCUGUCCAUCCAUCUGGCCGUCCACAGGGUCCAUCCCGCCCUGGAUACGUACAUCAAGGAGCGGAAGCUCUGUGCCCACCCCAGACUGGAGAUCUACCAGCAGGACCAGAUCCACUUCGUGUGCCCGCUGGCCCGUCAGGGUGACUUCUACGUACCUGAGGUGAAGGAGACGGAACGCAAAAGCCGAGCAGCUGCCGAGGCGGAUGACGCCCAGACGGAUGUCACAGGAGCUGACACACUGAGUGAUACCAGCUCUGUCAGUCUGGACGCAGGCCCCGGGAGCCGCGAGAACUCGGCUGCCACCUCCACCCUGUCCCCCGGUGUGGUGGGUCGCGGCUGGGAUGACGCCGAUAACCGGAGCGAGCACAGCUACAGCGAGUCGGGGGCCAGUGGUUCCUCCUUCGAAGAGCUUGACCUGGAGGGAGAAGGAGCCUCGGGUGACCUCCGCUUUAGCCACGAGGCUGAGCCCCCCGGGCCCAAGUGGGCCAAGGAGCGCAGCACCCCGGAGAAGGAUGAGGAGUAGGUGCCCCUUGUGGUCCAGGCCUCUGCCUCUCAGCCCCCCUCUCCUGGGGCUUAAUCAAAGAGGAACUGAUCAAAUUCGUCCUUCCCCACCUCUGACCUGGCCUGGCCGGGCCUGCCUCUCGCCCCUCUCCCCUAGAUCCUCGCUCUGAGGGCUGGGGCCCAGUGCAGCCCCAGCUGACCCCGUGGGGCUGCCGCCUGCUGACCAGGCUGGGGGUUAUCUUGGUCCCCUGCACCCCGAGCUCUUUGCUCUGUUCUUUCUCCUCUCUCCCUGGCCUGUUAUUCCCAGCCAGCUGGAGGGGGCAGUCUCUUCCCUCCCAUUUUGCCCCUCCCUCAUCAGUCUUUUUCAGACUCACAUUGGGACUUUUAGGAUCCAGAAUAAAGCAGAUGAUUUUCGUUUCA